GGGCCUCCAUCGCUGCAGGUCCAGGACCAUCAGCUCCUUAUGGCUGUUUAUGAUGAGAACAUCCUGAAGAAUCCGUUCUACCUGGCCUUGGAGAAGCAGAGACCUGACCUCUGCAGGAAUGUGGCAGACUUCCACGGCAUCGUUCUGGUUCCGUGUUGUGGAAGUUUGGCCGCCAGCAGCUACUCAGACUCUCACUUUGACAGCUACGUCUUGCAGCCUGUGGAGGACGGAUACAAGACUGUGAACGGAAAGGAGGUCAGAAUCCAGGACAGGACGGUUCUGCUGGGAUCUGGCUUCCCCUCUCCCUCUGUGGUGCCCAUCCUGUUUGAGGAAACCUUCUACAAUGAUCAGGAGCAGAGCUACAGCAUCCUGUGCAUCUCCAGACCCCUGGAGGUGGAGCCCACCCCCACUGAGGUCAGCCCACCCCCAGCUUACUGUCUGCGGAGCCUGGAAGAUGUCCGGGAGUUCCUGGGCCGUCAUGCCCUCAAACUGGACCGCUUCAUCCAAAGCUUCUGUCAGGCUUUUGAGGAGCAGGAGAAGAAGGGACUCCGACAGCACAUUGACGAUGUAACCGGACUUUACACUAAAUCUCUACAGUGUCUGCUGAGGGACUCUCGCCUGAAACUUCUGGCAAAACAGGAGCUUCAGAUGACUCUCCUCAAACAGGCUGUCGGGAUAUAUCUCCAUCAUGGUAUCCAUGAUUUGAUCUUUAACCUUGUGGGAACUCUGGAAGCCAGCCAGGAUGCAUCUUUCAACAAAAUCACCAGGAGCCUUCAGGACCUGCAGCAGGAGGACCUGGGGGUCAAACCAGAAUUCAGUAUAAACUUGUUCCGAGCAAAGAGAGAGCUGAGUCAGCUCAACCAGCAGACUUCCCCCCUCCUUAAGGUGCAGUGCCUGCGCAGGGUCGUCCUCGCUGCCACCCAGACACCCAGACGCACAACCAAUAUCGAAGCUGUGAGCGCAGAUGACCUGCUCCCUGUCGUCCUUUACCUCCUCAUCAAGAGCCAGAUCCCCAACUGCAGAGACAACCAGGUGAUGCGUCUGCAGACUGAGGGGGUCCCAGGAGCUCAACAUUUGAACGACCUGUCUGUCGUUACGCCGUUCUCCAGAGACGACAGAGGUUACACCCCACUGCACGCUGCUGCCAUCUGUGGUCAGGCGCAGUUGAUCGACCUGCUGGUUCAUAAAGGCGCUCCAGUCAACGCCACAGACUACCACGCCCUGACACCACUGCAUCUGGCCUGUCAGCGAGGAUACCAGGGCGUCUCAGUAAGUGCUGCUUUGAACCAUUUUAAAAUCUUUUUCCAUCUGUUUUUGUUGCGUUCCUCCUCCUUAUCGAUCCAGUCUCCGAGUUGCUCCCCCCUGGCGUCGGACUGCAGCAGCAGCCGCCGCUCCUCCGUCUCCAGCACGUCUUCUGUCAGCUCAGAGUCCAAACCCGAGGCUGAAGGCGUUCGACACAGAGAGGUGGAGAAGCUGCUGCGGGCUGUAGCUGAUGGGGAUGUGGAGAUGAUGCGCUACCUGUUGGAGUGGACAGACGAAGAGGAGGAUGAAGGAGAGCUGCGGUCUGAGUCCCGCCUCUGUCACCCGCUCUGUCAGUGUCCCAACUGUGCUCCUACCCAGAAGCUCCCUGUGCAGCAGGCCGGAGUGCUGGGAGUCAGCAGCUGCAACGCAGACGGCUUCACGCCGCUCCACGUGGCCGCGCUGCACGGCCACUCGUCCAUAGCGGCGCUGCUCAUCCGCCACGGGGCCAACGUCAACGCCCGCACCAACCAGAACGCCACACCUCUGCACCUGGCCAGCCAGAACAGCCACGUUCAGGUGGUGAGAUUUCUGUUGGAGUGCAACGCCAAACUAAACAAGAAGGAUCACUACGGAAACACGCCUCUGAUCCACGCCUGUCUCCGUGGUAACCUGGAGACGGCCAGCACUCUGCUGCAGAGCAAUGCGAUGGUGAACGUGGCGAACCUGCAGGGCAACACGGCUCUCCACGAGGCGGUGCGAGGAGGACACCAUGCUCUGGUGGAGCUGCUGCUGAGGGCCGGCGCCUCGCCCAGCCUCGUAAACAAGAGGCAGAGGACGCCGCUGGACUGCGCUUAUGAACUGGGUGGAAAGGUAGCCGGUGACCUUAUUAUAAUGUCUGAAUGUUGGUGGGCUGGUCCGAUGAAGGAGUCCGACCGCGCGGCAGUCCGUCCUGACCUGAUGGCGUUUUCCCUCCUGCAGGUGAACCCAGAGCGGAGGAGGCUGAGGCGACGGGAAACGGUGGAAGUCAGCAGCCACUUCGGAAGCCCCGACCUUCCGCCUCGACAGAAGGAGCGGCCGAUGGUUCGUUGUCACACGCUGGACUGUGGGGUCCCAGCUGAGCCCCCAGCCCACUCUGAAACUGACUGAGACCUGCCCUGAGCAGAGACUUGACCUUUCAAUUCAAGAACAGGUUUAGAGUUUCAUUUGUAAACUCCUUAUUCUUGAUUAGAGACUAAAACACUGGUUGGCUUCAUUCUGUUACCAAACAUACUAAAAGGAUAAGUUCCUAUCAUGGUUCCUGUUUUCAGGAAGGUUCUGCACCUGAUUGUUCCCUCUGCUGCCGAGUUUUCUUGCUGUCGUCACGUUAGUCACAUCACUGCAGACAGUCUUCCAGUCCACACCGUCAGACCCUCAAUAAGUUUGACCAAAACCAUUUCCACUCUGUCUUUUCUGAACAUCCACUGGAUCGCCGGCGGUCCCUUGUGUGUAUUUACAUUAAACACAGCAGCACACUCAAAAACAUCACUGGUUAAACUUUUGCCAAUAUAGACGUUAUACAUCCUUAGAAAGCUUAGAACCCUUUCCCACUGACCGAAAAACCUAUUUAAACCCGGGAACAGUGGACUUUUAGUGGCAGUGGGAACAGAUCACUGAUGCUGCUACCCGGGUCAAACGACCCGUGUUAAAAUCCACUCGGCUCCCGUCCCUGUUGCUCUCCAUUAAUUUCCUGAUUUCUGUUGCCCUGGUGACAUCAUCAACGUUCAUCCAUGAUGGUGUCAUCAGACACGCAGUGGUGGGAGAGUACAUCAUAGUGGCCACGCAGCCGCCAGCAGAGGGUUAGCAUUUCGCUCAAUCGGGAAAAGAGCCAAAAGCUGAUUGUUAGCGGCUCAACCCUGGUUUUCAGUGUGAAAGCAGCUUUAGAUUCUCCACAAUCCAACCAACAAGUUCAUUUUAUAUUCACCAUGAGCACCAAAGCACAAUUGAUAAUGUAUAAAUAAUGAAUUUUAGAAAUAAAGCUGGAACUUCCUGCCUUUGAAGCGUUCCUAAGGUUGGAUUAUAAAUCCAAUCUUAGAUUGUUUAUACUCCAUUUGUCGGAAAGGGUCUACGGAUUAAAAGUAUUCCAGCAUAUUCACAAUAAAAACAACCCAUGAUGAGAAAAUCGGCACAAAUUACGCCAUUUUUUUUCUUUUGUUACUGCUAUUCAGAAAAUACCUCUUACAUUUAAGAAGAAACUUUGAGUAAUGCUUUAACUGCUGCGGUUUAGGCUGUGUUUUAGACUCACUAUUUUCAUUUAUAUUUUCAGAAAGAAGAAGCUUUCAAAUGAUAUAUCACACGUUUAAUUUGGGCUUCGAGUUAGUUAUUUGCUUUUCCAUUUGGGUAUGCAAAAAGACGAGGAUGACUUAAAAUUAGGUGGACGUUAAGAGGUUUUAAACAAUAUAGAUUCAAAAAAGAAAAGACCUCAAAUUAGGAUGAAAAUAUUCAAACCUCUGGGAUUUAUUUCCACAUUACUACAGCCAGUUUGUAGGACGUGAUUAAAUACGUCCUUAAAAACAAUUUGGCGCUUUUCAGAGAGCUGCACUGGAAAAACAAUCUAGAAAUAAGAAGAAAAUUCUUAAAUUAAGUGUACAUCUGCUAAAUUUGAGUAGGUAAAUGGAAUGAACAUUUUUACUCUUAAAAUAAGAUAAUUAGGUAAUA